UACGUUGGCACUGGAAGAUUAGAUAAUUCUUCUAAUAAUGCGUUAAAUAAAUGUGGGUAAUAAAAUUUCAGUGCUAAGGAACCCAUAAACUUCCCUUCAGUUGGUAACCCUGUAUCUAAAAGAAUGGAAUUGUUCGUGCGUGUUGCUGAUCUAUGUGGCAGUGUACACCACAGAUAAAUACAAUGUUAUACAUGGUACAGAGAAGUGCAACGUUGAAUGGGGGCGGAAACAAGAAUUAGAAGAAGAACUUAAUAGGAGUGAUAGAGGGAAGAAGAAAGGUCUUUAGCGGUUUUUGAGUGGAGGUUGUUAUAAUGGAUCUCAGUAAUGAAAAUUUAUUAGAAGAAGGACCAGGAGCAGAUUUCCAAGGAGCCACGUUACAAAUACAUCAAGAUUCUUAUUUGUGUAGUCGUAGCCCUAGUAGCUUGGAGAACGAAGUAUCUGUUGCAAAACUUUCAGUGUCACCAGAUGCAUCCAGACUGUUGCUAGUUGAAAGAGAAGCAGGGAAAAGAGGUGGCAGCAUAGACGAGAACGGUUUAAAACCGGGAGUGUCAAGUGGUGUGGGUGUCGUUGCACCCAUUAUUUCAAUACCGAAAAGAAUCUCUGAAAAAUUUAAGAGGACAAGAUCAAAAAGUGAUACCCCAUUGCAAAGUAAUGCUAUUUGCCAGAAACCAAUAUUGGAAGAAGAUGAGGCAAAGUAUUUCUUUGCCUACAGGGAUAGUUUGGUACAGAAUGCUAUAAAGGAAUGCAUCUCUGGUCUUGUCACACCAGAUGAGGAUGGCGAAAUUCUUGGUUCAUGGCUGCUUACCGAAAUCAGCUUUUGGGAUCACGAGAAGGAACGGCUCAUUCUUCUGACGACGAAAGUACUUAUCACUGUAAAGUAUGAUUUCAUCGCUCUGAAACAGUUGGAAUUCCGGAAAGUAUCACUGGAUUUGGUGGAUACUCUAAUUAUUGGGGACCUCAUCUAUCCUUCAGGGUCAAUUGUACCAAGGCUGAAUGGUCUGACCUCGGGAGUGAUGACUGUGGUCAAGGGCUGCUUGUUAAGACCACUGCAAGAGCGAUGGACUCAAAGCAAUACUGAAAAAGACUUCUGUUCAUCUGCAUUUGACUACAUUAGUUUUGAACCCAGAUCGCGCAACAUUCGUGGGUUGAGGGCUAUGUGGAACAAUGGAGAACCCCUCACUUUUAUAAAGAAGUGGAAUCCUUUCAAUAACGAUAUACCAUGGACAACAUAUACAUCACAUCCACUUUUAUGGCGGAAAGAUUCCACAAAUUCUGCCAGUGAGAUAUAUGACAUCGAUGACUUUGCACAAAACAUUGUUUCGGCAGUGGAGAAAGCACAGACAAUAAACAUCAGAUCUUCUCAUUGCAAUAUAGAACAUAAACCUAUUGUCCUUGAGAACUAUGUAGGUAUUGGAUCGCUUAUUCAUAAUCGAAAUUCCCUUGGAUUUUUCAAAGUACGAGGCAAAUUCAGCUUUUAGUUCAGCUUAUUGUCAGGUAAAACAUUCCUUUUCUAAAAGUUUGUAUAUGUGUGGGACAGACUGGCAAUGAAAAUGUCACAUAAAAUAAUGUAUGCUUGAAGUUGUGUUUGUUUUAUCAAAUUCUUUAUCCUGCUUUAAGCCUCAAAAUUGUUGAACGCAUUUCUUUUGGAUUAACAUUCAUAAAAAAAUGUAGGUGUUUUAUAAUUAAUUAAAGUAUUUUGAUAUAUUAAAUAAUGUCCCAGUAAGAAGAUCCAUUUAUAGAUAUCUCUAGGUAUGUAAUAAGACAAAAUAAGAAUAGCUCAUCAUAUUUCUGUCUGUUUUCACUUCAUUUUACUUUAAUUGUCUUGUGGCUUUGUUUCCUUCAGAUUGAACACUUCACAAUAUUCCUUUUAACACAUCAUUCUGUGCAAUGCCAGUAAUUUUCAGUUCUCCCAGAUCUAAUGAAGUGUUAUGUGCUGGCAUGAACCCAGAAUGACCUGUAUACUCACUGCUUUGUGCUUCAGAACUGUCAUCUUCACAAUCUGUGUUCACUGCUUUUAAAACAAAGGACCUCAUUCUCAGUAGAGCUUUCUGUUUUGACGUAAAUACGUCUAUAAGGAAGGGUCAUUCGGCAAAAAAGUGUAACGAAAAAGUGUAACAAGUGUACGUAGGGAACGUCAUCUGUUUACUCGGCAUUAUUGUUACCUAGGAAACGUC